UACCUGCGCACGUCGCGACACCCGGUUACCAACUGCACUUUGAUUCACCUAGGAACCCGCGGCUUUUGAUAACGCAUUAUUCCUCAGGCCACAGCUUUGUUUGGCACGUUACCGCGCGGACGCAAGUGAUUCACCAUGUGGAACGACGAGGAAGACAAUAACCCUUACGGUACGAGUUUCGACCGUCGUGACUCUAUUACUUCUUCCUCUGCGAACCCUACCUCCCCAGGUUCUCGCGACUCGUUGGAUGACUCUCCUGACGAGGCUGAUCCCGACUGGGAAUAUGUAGACCAACAAAAUCGCUUCGAGACUCCGAACACUCCGUCCACUACCAGCGAAGAUGCGCCGCCUCCCCCACAAUACGGACAACAACUUGCUGAUCCUGACAGCGAUGAGGAAUAUGGAUCUCAGUCUAGGGGCCAGGCGGUACCACGAAGGAAACCGGGUGGUUAUGAUAGCCGGAUCGAGCAGAUCCUCUAUGAAAAUCCCGAACUUCCUAUCUUGAUCACAGACGCCGGAAAGAGCAUGGAAAAUGGUGGAAAAUAUAUUGUCUAUACGAUUAGAACAGGGGAUCUUGAAGUCCGGCGUCGAUAUUCCGAAUUCGCAUCGUUACGAGAUGCGCUAACUAGACUCCAUCCCACACUUAUCAUCCCUCCCAUUCCCGAAAAGCACACGAUGGCUGAUUACGCCGCGAAUCCAACAAAUGCAAAGCAAGACCAGCAGAUUAUCGAUUUGCGAAAACGCAUGUUGGCUGUUUUCUUGAACCGUUGUCGACGGAUGGAACAAGUUAGGGACGAUGGUGUUCUAUGGAGAUUUCUUGACCCGAACGUCAGCUGGAAUGAAGUUCUACACUCACAUCCUAUUGUAUCUAUCCCGAAAUCGAUCAUGAAGGCACCCCCUCUAGAUACUGCAAACCCUUCGGCAGCACACUCAUAUCUUCCCGUACCAGCUACUUCAGCUAAGCUCAAGACGCCGGUAAACCCAACUCCAGGACCCGUAUUCGACAGUUCCAGCACAGUUGCUUCUCAAAUACUCCGCCGAUUCCCGCCUGAAGCCCACGAUUUGAAUGAGCAGGAACUAGAUCCUUAUUUCAUUACGUAUGAGGCAUCAAUUAAAGAGCUAGAGCAAGCCUUGAUGGGGCCCAUGGAAAAGGUCAACCGGCGUACACUUAACCACUUAAGUUCUCUAUCAACCGAUCUAUCAGAUCUAGGCGCCAAAUUCAACGCAUUCGCCUUGUCCGAACCAUCACCAUCCCUCGCCGCAGCUAUCGAGCGAGUCGGUCAAGCGGCGGAUUCAUCCUACAUUGCGACAGAAGAAUUAUCAAGUUCUUUAGGAGCGAGCUUCGCCGAACCUAUGAGAGAAAGUGCCCAAUUUGCAGGGGUCGUCCGCACCGUCCUACGCUACAGAAUUCUGAAAAGAGUCCAGCAGGAGAUGGCUAAUGAUGAACUCUUAAAAAAGAAGGCUCUAUUAGAACAAUUAGAGAGUAGUGAGGCUGAAGCGAAGCGGAUCGACCAAUAUCUGAGUAGUAGUCAGCAAAUCGGAGGGGGCCACCAAGUUCACCCACCUCGACGAUCUUCUAGUAUGAAGGAAACUUCGACACAACACCAUAGGGAAGGCAGCGUAGAAGACACAGCUUCUAUCGACUCGGAUUUUCCGCCCACCCAUGCAGAUGUGUCUUCGGCACCUUCGGCGAGAGUGGGAGUUCCUGAGCGUUCCGCCUCUAGUCCGAAUCAUAAGAAGGUUCCUAGCGGCAAUUCCAUCACGAACAAAAUCUUCGGCCCAAUACGUCAUGCUAUUCAAGGUGUUGCCGACGUGGACCCAGAGAGAACCCGCCGAGACGCCAUAGGUAAAACACGGGAGAGUAUAGAACAGUUAGAACAAGCUCAAGUCGCGGCCGCUCAAGACGUGAGGGACGCAAGUGCAAGUAUCCUCCAAGAUCUAAAGAGGUUCCAGAACGAGAAAGAGGACGAUCUUAGACGAUAUAUGCUCGCCUAUGCAAAGAGCCAAAUAGAAUGGGCGAAAAAGAACAAGGAAACUUGGGAAGAAGCAAAGGCAGAGGUCGAAAAAAUCGAUGAGACGUAGGGCGUCUUCGAAGAAGAGUGGCUGCAGCAGGGUUGUCUCAACGACAUACAUGAGGGGUGUAUAGGAGAAGGUGACUUUAUUGUUCUAUAGCAUCAUCAUAACGGUUUGCCUCAUUCGGAAUGGAUAAUUAAUAUGAUGAACAUACCCGAGAUAACUCACGA